AAAUACCAAAUAGGCUUGAAAAUCGCUAGCAGGAUUAUUGAUAAGAAUGGCGGUCAAGCCCCGAUGACAUAUCGUCAAUUUCAUUCGGUUUUGUCCCAAAUGGACCCACCUCAUCCGCCUGCGGGUACAGUGACGCAAGAAUACCUUGAUAGACAUUGUCCGAAAUCUGUUUCGCCUAUUGACGAAGAUCACGAUGACAAAUACGGCAUUCCUACGUUGGAAGAACUGGGGUUUAUCACGAGCGGACUGAAACAGACUUUGUGGCCUGGUGGCGAAACUGAAGCCCUGACGAGGCUAGAACGACAUUUGGAACGUCGGGCCUGGGUGGCGAGUUUCGGGAGACCCAGAAUGACCCCGCAAUCCCUGAUGGCGAAUCAAACUGGACUCAAUCCGUAUCUCCGGUUUGGUUGCUUAUCGCCGAAAACAUUUUAUCAUCAGAUGUCCGAAUUGUAUCGCAAAAUAAAAAAAUGUCCUCCGCCCCUGUCGCUUCACGGACAGCUUCUGUGGAGAGAGUUUUUCUAUUGCGCCGCCACCAACAACCCCAAGUUCGACAGAAUGGAAGGCAAUCCGAUUUGUGUGCAAAUCCCGUGGGUGAAGAAUCCUCCUGCGCUCGCCAAAUGGGCUAAUGGUCAGACUGGUUAUCCCUGGAUCGAUGCCAUCAUGACUCAGUUGAGAGAAGAAGGAUGGAUUCACCAGUUGGCGAGGCACGCUGUGGCUUGUUUUCUAACCAGAGGCGACCUCUGGCUCUCGUGGGAAGAAGGCAUGAAGGUGUUUGAAGAACUCCUGCUGGAAGCUGACUGGUCUGUCAACGCCGGCUCUUGGAUGUGGCUCAGCUGCUCGUCGUUCUUUCAGCAGUUCUUCCACUCUUAUUGCCCGGUCAAGUUUGGGCGAAAAGUCGAUCCCAACGGGGAUUAUAUCAGACGUUACUUGCCUGUUCUCAAGAGCUACCCGACCAAGUACAUCCACGAGCCGUGGAAGGCGCCGGAAACCGUUCAAAAGUCUGCGCGUUGCAUCGUGGGCAAGGAUUAUCCACUGCCCAUGUUGAAUCACUCGGAAGUGUCCAAAAUCAACGUAGAACGCAUCCGGCAGGUGUAUCGUCGUCUCAGCAACUUCAAAAACGGACCCGGACGUGUCCCAAAGGCCAUUUCUUGUCCCCUGAGCACCGAAAGUUGUCGCAGUAACGGCGGUCAUGACGACGACGCCGCCGCCGUCAUCGCCUCCGCCUCGCUCACGACUCCGGCGACCAUCGAAGUUUAGCUGAUGAAAAUAUCUUUUUUUUUUUUUUGCCCUCCGUUACUGAGAACCCCCCUUGUGUGUUGUGAAAAUUUUAGUAGUCUGUAAUUCCCAUUCCAGUAAAAUGCAGCUGAAAUUACUACUUAAGUAUUACCGUAUUUACUUGAGUACCACGUGCGGGGUUUUUCAGUUGAACAUUUUGCAAAAAUCUUAUCCCCAAGUAAGACGCGCACCCCAAUUUUUAGUGAAUCUAAAGCCAUACAAUUCCAAAAAUAAAAACAAAAAAUUUGACUUUAGGCGUAAAUUUAACAAAAAUCUGACCAAUUCUCUUUAAUACAAAAAUGUUUUCUUGCUAUAUUUGUUCAAAAUUUCUCCAUUAUAAUUUGGUAUAAUACACACAUAACUUCCUAAAACUUCUUGAAAAUUUUGUACCCGCUUGUGACGCGCACCCCUUUUUUUCUUCUGAAAUUUGGGGAAAAAGGUGCGCGUGGUACUUGAGUAAAUACGGUAAUCCAAAGAGCGCAUGUUUUUUUUGGCAAUACAGUACCAAUAAUUUCACUUUCUGUUCAAGUCCGAAUGGAUGUUAUUAGCUUCGAUUUUGGUUUGGAUUGGUUUUUUCAUUUUCCUGGAUUCUUAUCAAAUUUUACCGUUUUUUUUCUACAAUGGAGAGGAAAAAAGGGGUUGCGCAUCAUAGGCAGGAAUAAAUUUUUAAACAAGUUUUAAGAAGUUUAGGUGUGCAUUAUAUUUGAUUUUGAUGGAAAAUGUUGAACCAAUUUCAACAGAAAAACGUAAUUUAAUGGAAAUGAAUGAAAAUUAAUUGAAUUCAGGACCAAUUCAUCAAUUCAUGCCUACAUUCAAAUCUGGGCGUUCGUAUUUUUGAAAUAUUGCAGAUUUAAGAGUCACUGAAAAAGGGUUGCGCGUUUUAUUCGCAGAUACUAUUUUAUAAAAAGAAUUUUGGCUGAAAAACCCCUGUUGCGCGUAUUCCUCGAGAAAAUACGGCAAUUUUUGUCUAAUUUCGGGAUGAAAAUGUGUUGAGCCCAUGCAAUCAUCUAUUCCUAUGAGGUUUUAAGGCACUGUUCAGCGUAAUUUGGUAUCUUAACCUGAUGUCCCCGAGUUUCUACCAUGAUUUCGCCGGAAAUGAGUCACUUAUAUGUGGAUUAGGGCUUAUCAUAGCAAUAGGUGUAAUUUCUAGACGAAAAUAGUAUUAGAAGUCCUGUACUAUAUUAUUAUUAUUAUUAUUGAACUUUAUGGAUGUGGAAAAUAUUGUGUUCUAUGGAUUCGGGAAGACCAAGACGAUUUUUGACGAAAUAAUUCGAGAAUUGGGAGAAUCAAAAGAAGAAAAAAAUUUUGAAAUCCUUGGGGAUGGUGUUCAGGAAAAAUUAAGCUUUGGUUGAGGGAAAAGCUUUUCUUUUGCAAGCUGUGUCAGCAAAUACUGCUUAAUCAAUGUCUAGGUUUCAUUUUUUAAGAAAUGUUGUAUCGAAAAUGAAAUGCGGGGAAAAUCGUACUUCGGAAUUAUUGGUGAAUAUGAGCCGCACAGAGAAAAAUUUGUGGAAUUUAAUCCUUUGUCUAAUUGUUAUGGGAAUUUGGAGAAGAUACAAGAGCAUUUCCGUUUGCACAUGCUUCGUGAGUCUUUGUGCGAGUAUAGAAAAAAAAAUCAGUUCAAUCUUAUACUUUUUUUUAUUUUUUGUGUGUGGAAAAUUGGAUUUAUUUUAUUGAAAAGCUUAUUUUGAUGAAACGCUGACCUGGGUUUUACAACGCCAAUGUUUGUUGUGAAUUUAUGGGCAUUCGUAUCUUUUGGUUUCGGAAAAUUCCAAUUUUUUGUGAUUGAAAAAGCUUUCGUGAACAUUCCUCAAUGAAUGUCCGACUUCGGGUCCCUGAAGUUGGAAUUUCUUUUUUUUCUGAGGAAUGAACCGAUUUUUUUUUUUGAGCUAUUCUUUAAGAACGUUUUGCUUGGUGUCGACUGAAAAUCUUCUUUCGAUUCGUCUUCGAAUUUUGCAGAUUUUCGCUAAGAUUUACCGCGGUCAGGUUGCAGAAAAAUAUCCCGCAGUGCAGAAUUUCAUUUUAAAAUAAAUUCCUAUUCAAAUUUAGCACUGACGGUCAUACGAUUGCAAACGUGCCAUUUAUUUCAGAGAAGCUCAUUUUUUCAUCAGCUACUUUUUUAAACUAAGAUCGAGCGUAUGCCUCAUUUUGAUCAUUAUUUUUUAAUUGUUUCUUCUCGUUUGCUCGAGAAAAGGGCGAAUGAAACGACGAACAAUUAUUUUAGAAGGUCUUCUUGCUUCCCGAACGCGAAAGUUGUCUGUGAUUUCAGUUGAGCAAGUUACCAAAUUUUACCGGUUUAUUUUUCAGGGUUAAAGCGAUAAUAGGUUCCAAGUAUUUUGCGUACCCAAAAAAUCGGACGAAUUCCUGAACCGAACCCGCGAUCAAAUUUGAAUGUCAUCUGUUUUAAAUAUUCAUUGUUUUCAAAUUUUCAUCUAUGACACGUAUUCCAGAAUGACCUGACAGAUUAUCUUUGAUUAUGAAGCGGGAUUUUCGGGUUAUGUGAGGGUGUCGGAAAAUGUUAUUGUACCCUGUAAAAUUUAACUGAGAAGAACUAGGAGUUUUUAGUCCUUGUGACGAACGAGGUGCGGAUUUUUUAAAACUUAUUCUUCGAGUCUUCACAACAGUUAUCUCGUUGAUUCUGGUUUUAUUAUGCGUGUUUUUCAAUUCCGCUUUUUUUUUAUAACAAAAAUCUUUGGAACAGUUUUUUUUUUGGAAUUGUGUGACUUUAAAGAGUUGCUCUUGACAUGAGUGCGUGGUUUGCCGCCAAUGCUUAUAAUCAUUUUAUUUUAUUUUUAAUCCUUCUUUCAAUCUUCGUCGUGUUUCAAAUUCUAUGCGUUAAACUCGAGUUUUGAAUGUUGAGAGUCGACGAUGUGUGUCGUGGGAAACCCCUAUUUUUUCAUGGGCAAUUCCGCAUGCCACCUGGCAAAACGCCCCGGGUAAGGGUACUACAGUACGUUCGGAGUGAUGACAUUUGGGAAAGAAUAUCAGGGCAUUCAUGAAAAUAUUUUGCCCGCAUUCCGGGUGCUCGCUGGAUGGAACGGAAGCCGUCGUGAUCAGUGUUCAUCGUGUUUUGCUUUUUUUUCGUGGUGAAAAGAAAAAAAAAAAUUGGAAGUUUUGGUAUAGUGGGAAAUUUAUUACAAAAUACGAAUCUUAUUCCCUUUUUGUCUGUGUUGUCUAGAAGUAAGCAUCAGUAAUAACGCCUAGCGUGAAUGUCUAUAGAUGUUGAGUGUUGGUUUUUUUUCUUCCCUUCGCGAAUAUUUAUGUCUUCUCUUUUAUUUUUCAGUGACAUUCCUCCCCAAUGUUUUGUGAAGAAAGUCAAAGGAUCGGAAAGUGUCUAGUCAUUUCCCGGGAAUCGUGUGUGCUUAUCGGUGAAAUGAUGGGAUCCCGUAUCAAGGUGGGUGGCAGGCAUAUAGGGUUUUGUUUGAAUUUUUUUUUUUUGGGAAAUGAGUGUGAUUCUGGAAGCUUGAUUGCUGUGGAUUCGGAAUGUUCGUUACUUGGACAAUUAAAGCUUGAUGUCGGAUACGUGCUGAGAUUAUUCUUACUGUACAACACAGUACGUGUAAUUUGCAAACGAAGCCGUUUUUUGUGUCUUUAUUGCGAAGUUCUUUUGUGUCUGGAUUAUGUGGAACAAAUUAAUUACGUGUGAUGCAGUCUUGGAGAAGGGGGAUUUUUAACCAUGUAAAAUGUUUGCAUAACAAAAGAAAUUCUGAAAUGGUUUAGUUUUACAAUGCGAUGACCUACUUUGAAGAGUGUAAUGAAAUACA